UAUAUUAUAACGUUAACAACUGUGGCUAUGGUAACGUCUCUUUACAUUAUUUUCCCUCUUUUCUACACUUUUUUGAAUUUGUAAAAACCUUAAAAAAGACAGAGUACGGAUCUUCCGCAUUCUAACACUCUCUUCUUUAUGCCAUGGAACAACAACAUCAACAACAACUCGGCUUCAACUCGGCUCCACCUUUAGUCUCUUUAACCCCAUUCACGCCCUCCUCCAAACGCCGUCUCUCCAGCUCCUUCAUCAAGCCGACUCCACCUGUUCCAGCAGCUACACCACUCUCUUGGGUCUCCCUUCAAGGGCGGCUCCUCCACGCCGAUGAGGCCAGCUCGGCUAGCGCCAUAAAGGGUGGCUUGCUUCCCGAUGAAGCCGUGGCUUGGGAACUCUUUAGCCCCAUUCAACGCUUUCUCAUUGUAGCCGUGAUUGGGGUUGCUGUUGCUGAGUCUAAGAAGAAUGGGAUCAUUUUCCAGCUCAAAAAAUCAGUCGCAUUUAGGGAUCAGGUUUUAUCAAGCAUGCAACAAAAGCUGGAUUGUUUGUGUGAGCAGCUGAUCAAUGUUAAGGACUAUUCAGGAAUUGGGGGCAUUGAAGUUUUUGGCUCUGACAAAAACAAGCUUGUCUCUUGUGGUUGUUCACUUUGUGAUCAACAUCAUAACCUGUUUAACAAAUUGGAAGGCAACUCUUUCAGUAAAUGUAACAGUGGAGAUGAGAUUCUUCAGUAUAAGAUGUCUGCUUGUAAUGUUGUUGAGCAAGAGGAGCGUCGAAUGUCUGAUUUAUCAGAUUGGGCUUCAAGUGUCACAUCUGCUGCUGAAACUGAAAUCCAGUUGAACAACUUAGCUAUAGAACAAGACAUUUACAAUCUCAAAAGGGAUUGUGAAGACAAGGAUGCUACCAUAAAAGACCUUACCAAUUUACUGCAUUCAUCUGAUGUAGCUGGCUCAAAGAGAAUAUCAGAGCUGGAAGACAUUAUUAAAAGAAAGAACAGUAUGAUUACUCGAUUGAAGAAGGACAUGAUAAUCCUCGAACAAAAGGUGGUGAGUCUUACCAGACUUCGCAGGCCAUCUUUCUCCGCUUCUUCCUCAGAGUCACCUAGUAUACGCGUUCCACCAUUGACAGAUAACCUUCUUUACGACAUGGACAGUACUACUAGCCCUUCUUCAUCUUCAGAUUCAGACCGAGCACAGUCACCGGUUCCUAAAACUCCAGAGAUCCCUCCUCCAAGUUUCGAUUUUCAUUCAACAAGACAUCAAAAAUCAUUGCCAACAAAGCUUAAGCAGCUCCCCAUGUUGAGACCAACAAAAGACAACAAGCAUUCGAAAUCUCGAUCAGUAAGUCCUCUCAAGGAGUUAUCAAUGAACCGUAAAUCAGACACAUUUUCUUCUUUGAAACAAAGGCCAUUAUCAUCAAGUGGAGAAACCAAAAGGAAUAGAAGACCAAAUCCACACAAAGAUUCUACAACAACACACAAGAGAUGGGUUUAAUUAGAAAAUUCAUCAUUGAAGAAAUAUCUAGCAAUGAUUUUGACACUCGAAACUCGAAAGAAUCUCAACCAUGUAACCACCGAUACAUAACAACGAUUCGGUAGUUGCAGAUGCUAGUGAUUUUCUUGCUGUUGGGAAUGUUGCAGGGUCUGUCUGUCUGUUCUUUUCAACAAUAUUUAGUUAGCCAUGUAAUUACUAGGACGAGUUCAGUCUUAAUUUCCUUUCAUUGUUGUUUGUGUAAUAUUCAGAGACUACCCCACCAAAAAAUGAAAUAAUAUUCCGAAACUAUAUUUAGAUAA